UGCAUUUAAAAGCAUUACUCUGAGAUGGGGUUCCAUUGGCUGAGCCAGAAGGGGUUCAUGACACAAAAAAAGCUUCAACACCCUGGAGAAGUCCUUUUGUGAACAUCCUUCUCUUUCUGCUUUGGAUUCACAACUGGGAUUCCUCAGAGCUGAUUUCUGUUUUCCAGGUUUGUUUGUUUUUUAAACACAAGGGGUGCUAUGAUGAACUACGGUUCAAUUCUUUGCAGAAGGAAAAUUUCAGAUUGGUGCUUCCAGAAAGUGACGUGACGUCUCCCCUCCUCAUCCCCUUGCCUUUCUCAAGAGAGUAGUUCUCUUUAAGUCAUCAACAGAAGCCCAUUCAAGCUGGAAAGCUGAAUCAGACAAGAAUUAACUUCUCAGAUAAAAACUGGAACCAAGCUCAGGGGGCAAAACAAAGUGACAUUUGAAAGAUCAGAGGUGGGAUUUUGGGAAGAUGAAAUCCAACGUUAUCAGCCAGCUCUUCCUCUGCCUGCUGAUGGGGGCUUUUGUAGGUGCCAAGCCAGUCCAAGAAGAUGGAGAUCCCUUUGCAGAACUGCCAGCCUUACCCUACUGGCCUUUCUCAACUACAGACUUCUGGAACUAUUUUGAAUACUUUCAGACCCUGGGAGCCUACCACCAGAUCAAUGAUUUGGCCCGAACCUUCUUUGCUCAUUUUCCCCUGGGCAAUACCCUGGGUUAUAAUGUCCCUUUUCAGGAAGACUGAAUCUUUACCUGGAAUUUCAAACCAAUCUGUCUAUUUCCUUUCUUCCUAAUACUGCAUGUCCACAACAUAAGCACUUAGUAGGCACUCAUUGUUUAAAGCAAAACUAUGCUUCAUCAUUAGUAUAAUGUUUCUUCCCUCUAUGCAAAGCUCCAAAUAAUGCUUUUUUGGGAAUAACUCCUAUGCUAAAAUAUUAAUAAAGACAUUUUGA